CGGGGCUCCCGCUGAGGGGGAGCCCCUGGGAGGUCCCGGGAGGCUUUGGGGGACUUCUCUCGCCUACAUCUGUGACCUCCUGUCUGGUGACUUUUGUGGUCUUAGCAAGGGUUUCCCUGGAAAUAGUCUCCCCACCCUCCCAUCUUUCCCAAGUAGUGUCCAAAUUUUAUCAGGAGUUGGUGUUCAGGCUGUAGGAACAAAGGAACCAACUGUGUCUUGGAGAAGCGAGGAGGCUGGGAGUGUGUGACACAUGUUGAUCUCCCAAGCAUUACACGAGUUUCUGCCUUCGAUCGCGCUCGUCGCUUAAUUGGGUCCUGAAGAGAGGAAAAGAAGAGCAGAAUAAGUGGUUUAGCGUCUUAGAAAUAUUUUUCUUAACAGGACAUUUCAUUUGGGGGAAAAAAAUGCGAACGUUCAUAGCCACAGAGGACUUUUCCCUUAGUGCAACUAAGCUGGAGUUUGGCUCUAGGAAUGUAAAUGAUUAAAUGUGAGGCUUUGCAGAAAAACUGUUUUCAGAGAAAGAGAAACUCUAUAGGGAUCCAAAGUAAAAAUGGUUGUGGGGUUGUAUCUUAUGAAUGCUCUUUAUAUUAGGGGGCCAGGGGGUGGCUUGUGAGGUAAAGGGCCCUGGUAAUUCAUUCUUUAAAGUUAUGAAUUGCAUUGAACCUGCUUAUUAGUGAAUCAUAGGUGUAGCAAGUGGGUGGCAUCUUCCUGAUGUGAUUAUUCAAUGUUUAAUCACCAGUUUGCCACUUUUGUUGGAGAGACACUGAAAUAAGUGGACUUUUUAAGCAAAUGGUACUUCAUCUGCCUGGCACCUAAGUGUGGGUUACUGCCUGGAAUAUGUUGAAAUGUUUAUCAUCUUCCAAGUGAGUUGCUCUGGUGUUGCCUUGUGCUUUGGUAAUGCCAAUUGGGUUUAACUGGAUCAGAGAGUAGUGGCUUCAUCACCAAUAGUAACUUUUCUGUUUGGAAUUAGUUCCUAGAGACAAAGAAGAAUCCAUCAAUGAAACAGCUACUAUGAGGAGGCUGUGGGGUUGCUAGUCUACUUCAUACACCCUGGUGGGGAAAGUCUUCUUUACAUCCUUACUCUGGAAGUCCCUUAGGAGGGUGUGCAAAAUAUAUAUUUAAAGAAAAGGACUGCUCAUUGUUGAUUUUUCCACAGAAGAGUUCUCUGUGGUGCCGUUGAAGUAGUUGAGAACCAUAUUUAAUGUCUAUGGGAGUGUUUGGAUUGUGAGCAAUUUCAGAACUCUGUUUUCAAGGCUCAUUAUUUUAACAGUUCGGAGAAACACAUCCAGAAGAUGUACACUAGAUUGAAAGAGAGAGGAAUCUGAAGACUUCAGAUGACACCAGAGCUUCUCUCAACAGCCUUCUCAAUUUCCUUUCUCAGAAAGCAGAGACUCAAACCUUGGAGACAGUGAAAGCUGAUUCUUGCAUUUAAUGGGGAACAAAAGGAUGAAGAAGGAGAAGUGAAUAUUCACUAAAGAGCAUAUCUGCUUACUGCUGCAGACCUGUGUGAUAAAGAAUUCUGCUGCUCCUUGCUUAGGAGUUGGUCAACUCUCGUCUGACUGCAUUGGAGUUUGCCUGCCUUUUAUCUUUUCAUUGCCAGAAGAACCCUGGUCGGAAUGUAGCAUACAUCUGUAUCUAAUUACUAUGGAAGGUGAUAAACUGACACUCACUUAUUAAAGUAACAUCUUUCACAGAAAACCAUUCUUUAAAGUAAAUAGAAGCCAAGCCCUUGUGAACACUUCUAUUGAACAUGACUCAUGGAGAAGAGCUUGGCUCUGAUGUGCACCAGGAUUCUAUUGUUUUAACUUACCUAGAAGGAUUACUAAUGCAUCAGGCAGCAGAGGGAUCAGGUACUGACAUCGACAAAAAGUCUGCUGGGCAUAAUGAAGAAGAUCAGAACUUUAACAUUUCUGAUAAUGCUUUUCCCACCUGUCAAAGUAAUGGUCCAGUUCUCAAUACGCAGACCUAUCAAGGAUCUGGCAUGCUGCAUCUCAAAAAAGCCAGACUGUUGCAGUCUUCUGAGGACUGGAAUGCAGCAAAGCGGAAGAGGCUGUCUGAUUCCAUCGUAAAUUUAAACGUAAAGAAGGAAGCUUUGCUGGCUGGCAUGGUGGACAGUGUGCCGAAAGGCAAACAGGAUAGCACGUUACUGGCCUCUUUGCUUCAGUCAUUCAGCUCUAGGCUGCAGACAGUUGCUCUCUCACAACAAAUUAGGCAGAGCCUCAAAGAGCAAGGAUAUGCCCUCAGUCAUGAUUCUUUAAAAAUGGAGAAAGAUCUAAGGUGCUAUGGUGUUGCUUCAAGUCACUUAAAAACUUUGUUGAAGAAAAGUAAAGCUAAAGAUCAAAAGCCUGAUACCAAUCUUCCUGAUGUAACUAAAAACCUCAUCAGAGAUCAGUUUGUAGAGUCACCUCAUCACGUUGGACAAAGUGGAACAAAGGUCAUGAGUGAGCCCUUGUCUUGUGCCGCAAGAUUACAGGCUGUCGCAAGCAUGGUGGAAAAAAGGGCUAGUCCUGCCACUUCACCCAAACCUAGUGUUGCUUGUAGCCAAUUAGCAUUACUCCUUUCAAGCGAAGCCCAUUUACAACAGUAUUCUCGGGAACAUGCUUUAAAAACACAAAAUGCAAAUCAGGCAGCCAGUGAAAGACUGGCUGCUAUGGCCAGAUUACAAGAGAAUGGCCAGAAGGAUGUUGGCAGUUUCCAGCUCUCCAAAGGAAUGUCAAACCAUCUUAAUGGUCAGGCAAGAACAUCAAGUAAACUAAUGACUAGCAAAAGUACAGCCUUUCAGAAUCCAAUGGGUAUCAUUCCUUCUUCCCCCAAAAAUGCAGGCUACAAGAAUUCACUGGAAAGAAACAAUAUAAAACAAGCUGCUAAUAAUAGUUUGCUUCUACAUCUUCUUAAAAGCCAGACCAUACCUAAGCCCAUGAAUGGACACCAUCACAGUGAGAGAGGCAGCAUUUUUGAGGAUAGUAGUACCCCUACAACUAUUGAUGACUAUUCAGAUAACAACCCUAGUUUUACAGAUGAUAGCAGCGGUGAUGAGAGUUCCUAUUCCAACUGUGUCCCCAUAGACUUGUCUUGCAAACACAGAAGCGAAAAACUAGAACCUGACCAACCUGUUUCUCUGGAUAAUUUAACCCAAUCCUUGCUAAACACUUGGGAUCCAAAAGUUCCUGAUGUCGAUGUCAAAGUAGAUCAAGAUACCUCAAAGAAUUCUAAGCUAAAUUCACACCAGAAAGUAACACUUCUUCAGUUGCUACUUGGCCAUAAAAAUGAGGAAAAUGGAGAAGGAAACAACAGCCCGCAGGAAGGACACAGUGACGUGACAAAGUUCAGUUCACAGAACUACAUGAGGACUUCUGUAAUCGAAAGCCCCAGCACAAACAGGACUACUCCCGUGAGCACUCCACCAUUACUUGCUUCCACCAAAGCAGAGUCUCCCAUCAACCUUUCCCAACACUCUCUGGUCAUAAAAUGGAAUUCCCCACCAUAUGCCUGCGGCACCCAGUCUGAAAAGCCAGCCGCAAAUUCCACAUCUAACCACCUCAUGGACCUGACAAAAAGCAAAGAAUCACAAGGAGAGAAGUCAGGCCAGAAUGAAGGUGCCCAAAACCCCGCAACUUUCAGUGCCAGUAAACUGUUACAGAAUUUAGCGCAGUGUGGAAUGCAGUCUUCCCUCUCAGCCGAAGAGCAGAGGCACAGUAAACAGCUGCUGGGUAUAAACACAGAUAAACCUAUCAGUAUGGUUGACAGAUUAAAUAGUCCUCUGUUCACAAGUAAAACAAGUGUAGUUGAAGAAAAUAAAGCCUUCUGUAGUCAAGCAACAGGUCCUGAGCCAGGACUUUCUGGUUCUGAAAUAGAAAAUCUGCUGGAAAGGCGCACUGUCCUCCAGUUGCUCCUGGGCAAUCCCAACAAAGGGAAGAGUGAAAAGAAAGAGAAAAUUCCUUUAAGGGAUGAAAAUACUCAGGAACACACAGACAGAGCUUUAAGUGAACAAAUACUGAUGGUAAAAAUAAAAUCUGAGCCUUGCGAUGACUUACACAUUCAUAAUACAAAUGCACACUUGAGCCACGAUGCUAAGGGUGCCCCAUUCUUGGGCAUGGCUCCCCCCGUGCAGAGAAGCGCAGCUGCCUUACCAGCAUCCGAGGACUUUAAAUCAGAGCCCAUAUCACCUCAGGACUUCUCUUUCUCCAAGAAUGGUCUGCUAAGUAGACUACUGAGGCAAAAUCAAGAGAGUUACCUGGCAGAUGAUCUGGACAACAGUCACAGAAAUAGCGACCUGACACUUCUAGAAUCAAAGAAUCUUUGCAUGGUCCCCAAGAAGAGGAAGCUUUAUGCGGAGCCUUUAGAAAAUCCUUUUAAAAAGAUGAAAAAUAACAUUGUAGAUGCUGCAAACAGUCACAGUGCUCCGGAGGUACUGUGUGGGUCCCUGCUUAACCAACAAGAGCUACAACUUAGCAGAAAUGAUCUUGAGUUUAAAUAUCCUGCCAGUCACAGUUCAGGCAGCGAAAGUGAACACAGGAGUUGGGCAAGAGAGAGCAAAAGCUUCAAUGUUCUGAAACAGCUGCUUCUCUCGGAAAACUGUGUGAGAGAUUUGUCCCAACAUAGGAGUAACUCCGUCAUCGACAGCAAAAAGAAAGGACACAAGAAUAAUGUGACUAACAGCAAGCCUGAAUUCAGCAUUUCUUCUUUAAAUGGACUCACUUACAGCUCCUCGCAGCCCCACAGUUGUGCGGAUAACAGGACAUUUCCAUACCCAGGGGUCGUUAAAACUCCCGUGAGUCCGCCUUUCCCUGAGCCCUUGGGCUGUGGGGGGUCUAGACCAGAAUCUGGGCUUCUGAAUGGGUGUUCCAUGCCCAGUGAGAAGGGACCCAUUAAGUGGGUCAUCACAGAUGCUGACAAGAACGAGUAUGAGAAAGACUCUCCAAGGCUGACCAAAACUAACCCAAUACUGUAUUACAUGCUCCAGAAAGGAGGCAGUUCUGUUACCAGUCGGGAAACACAGGACAAGGACAUUUGGAGGGAGCCUUCAUCUGCUGAAAGUGUGUCACAGGUUACUGUCAAAGAAGAAUUACUUCCUGCUGCAGAAACUAAAGCUUCUUUCUUUAAUUUAAGAAGCCCUUAUAAUAGCCAUAUGGGAAAUAAUGCCUCUCACCCACACAGUGCAAAUGGAGAAGUUUAUGGACUUCUGGGAAACGUGCUGACAAUAAAAAAGGAAUCAGAAUAAAAUGUACCUGCCAUCCAGCUUUGGAUCUUUUAAAACUAAUUAGUAUGAACUUGAGAUCUGUAUAAAUAAGAGCAUGAUUUGAGAAAAGCAUGGUAUAAUUGAAACUUUUUUCAUUUUGAGAAGUAUUGGUUACUGGUGAUGUUUAAAUAUGCAUACUACUUUUUGCUUUAUGUUAGAUGUCAUGAGGAAACUACUGAACUAGCAAUUGGUUGUUUAACACUUCUGUAUGCAUCAGGCAACAACUGUGAGUAGCCUAUGAAUGAAAUUCUUUUAUAAUCACAAACAAUAGGCAUAAAAAUUAAAAUGUAAAUCUCCAUCCAUAGUGGAUUAAUGCAUUUUGCUGCCUUUAUUACGGGACUUUUCUUUUGCUUUUUAAAAGUUGGCCUACAUAAUACAUUUUUUAAAGUCCAAAUUGUUGAAUAACUCUUUCAAGGAUAAUUGUUGAAUUAAAACCCAAGUGCUGAUUCACUAAUCAUUGUCCAAUUCAAAAAUAAAUUAGAAAAAAAAAUGCUUACAUUUUUCACUUUUGCUAAAAAAAAAAAGGAAAAAAAAACAUUUAUUUUUAACUCUUGGAAGGGGUUUUGUGGUUCCCAAUGUGUCUGCCCCACCCCAGUCCUUUUCAAUAUAUAUUUCUUUAAACCUUGUACUACUUAGUAAAAAUUGAUUAUACUUGAUGGAAGUUUGAUAGAUCCUUAAAAAAAAAAAGAAAGAUUUCCAUUUUUGUAUUGUAACUACUUUACUAAAUUAAUAUUCCUCCUUUUACAGAAUUAGGAAAGUUAACAUUUAUCAUCAGGUGGUUUCCUGAAUAGUUGAAUAUUAAGACUUUUUUUUAACAGAAGCAAAAUGGCAUUUCUUUGGACAGUUUUCAUCAUCUCUUACAAAAGUCACUUCUCACCAUUUCUGUGGUACUUGUGAGUCUUAUGACCAGGGUUUCUUAAAGCUGGACUCAGACCUGCAUUAGAACGAGCUGGAGCACUUGUUUUAAAAUGCUGAUUCCUAGGGAGCAUCUCACAUCUACAAAACAAGAAAUCUCUGCUAAGUGAUCCUGGGAAUCUUCCAUUUACAUCUUAACAUAUUUCCUAGGUGGUCUGCACACUGAAGCUUGAAAAUCAUUGCUUAUGACUUUUCUCAGAACACGGGACUGUUAAAAAAAAAAAAAAGCUAUUUGAUGCCUAUAUUUUCCCCAGUAUAGUCACACAUGAACUCAAAAUUUGGGAUAUUGUAGUUCAUAUAUUACCGUUAUAUCUUUGGAAAUCGGGUUCAGAAUACUUUUUAUGACAAAAAAAAAAAUUGGGUGGAAGGGACAACUUUCAUAUCUGGCACAACAUCUCAGGAAAAUCUGUGAUUAUUUAUGUGUUCUAAUGAGUAACAUCUACUUAAUCAGCCUUAGGGAUGGAAUAACAGGGCCACUUAACCAAACUCAGGUGAUUCCAGGAUGGUUUGGAAACUUCUCCUGAAUACAUCCUUAACUUCUAUUAAAAUCAUCGUUCUAAGAACAAUGCUGACAAAGAUGAAAGCAUUUAUUUCAAACCCAAGAAAGGCACUAAACUUAGAUCGAUUAAAUAAAAAAGUGCAAAGGGCACAUAAACGUGACAAUUGUACACAAUCACUCCAUUGGAUCUAUUAUUUUAAAAUAGUGAUUGAACGUAAAUUUGAUGUUGUCUUGGAAGAACUUAAUAUAUUCUUGAGACACAUGGGGUUUUGACUUGAAGCAACUCCAUGUUUUUAAGUUCAGUUUUUACAAUCCUCAGUUCAUUCACCAGAUAUUUUUUUUUUUAAUUGUGAACCAGGUUAGCAACUGACCUAUCAAAAAAUUGUUAUAUAAUCAACUAUUAAUUAGGAGGAACUCUAUUUGAAGUUGUUCUACUUGAAGUUGUUUCUAAGAUUUUUAUAUUAAAAAUGGGCGUUAUUUCCUAAGAUGAUCUAAAACCCUAAAUGAUUAUUUUUUUCUCAAAAUGAUUUGUAAAUAGUUACUGGAUAUAUUAUAAUUGUCGGAAGUGAAUAUUAUGUUACAUCACGGAGAGAUGAAGGUGUAUGUUUAUUCUGAAAUGAAAAUUCCACUGGCCAGUGAGUGUAUUCUGCUUCAUCCCAUAUUUACUCUGUGACAGUCUUAUUGUCUACACUAUAAAUAAGCUUUUGAACAAGUCCUUUUUCCCUGCCAUUGUGAAAGUCUGGAGCCUUAGAGAUAUACUAGAAAAAUGUUGUUAUUCCCCCUUGGUUAGGGGAAGGUGGGCUUUUACAAGGGAGUGAAACUUAGGUCAGGGAAAAGAACAUCAAAGGCCAAUGUUGUUUUUGUUUUGUUUCUUUGGUUGUUUGGUUCGUUGGUUGGUUGGUUGGUUGGUUGGUUGGUAACAAAGGAAUGAGGAUAUGUAAUACAUAAAUUAAUUUGAUCGCAAAGAAUGCUGUUCUGUUUCAGUAGAGAAUGUCCCUAAUUUGAGUUCAGGAUGAUUUUAAAGAAGAGCAGUGAGAAAGGGCAUACGUCCAUAAAUUCACUUUGUUUAUGCAUAUGUAGAUACAAGGAUGCACAUAAACACAUUUUCAAGGACUAUUUUAGAUAUCUAGACAAUUUCUUCCUAAUGAAGUCAUUUGUGAAAGGGUACUACAUACAGCUCUCAUUGACAUCAGUAAGGUAGCAUUACCUGUUUAUUCUCUGCUGCAUCUUACAGAAGAGUAAACUGGUGAGAGUAUAUAUUUUAUAUAUAUAUAUAUUAUGUGUAUAUAUAUAUAUUGACUUGUUACAUGAAGAUGUUAAAAUCGGUUUUUAAAGGUGAUGUAAAUAGCGAUUUCCUUAAUGAAAAAUACAUAUUUUGUAUUGUUCUAAUGCAACACAAAAGCCUUUCAAUCUCCUUUGGUUUCUGUAUAUUCCAUGUAUAAGUGUAAAUAUAAUCAGACAGGUUUAAAAAUUGUGCAUGUAUGUAUACAGUUGCAAGUCUGGACAAAUGUAUAGAAUAAACCUUUUAUUUAAGUUGUGAUUACCUGCUGCAUGAAAAGUGCAUGGGGGACCCUGUGCAUCUGUGCAUUUGGCAAAAUGUCUUAACAAGUCAGACCAGAUGUUCACCCCAACAUGACAGUAUUUCCAUUUCUGGAUAUGACUUAUGUGGUUUAAGCUUUGUGAAAGAAUGUGCUUUGAAUCCAAGGGUCUUAAAACUUUUUAAAAUCAAGUCAACCACUUUUCAACAUGGAGUUCACACAGCUACUUUCAUGAAUUUUUUAAAUCCCAUUGAAAGCAUAAUAUUACCAGGAGUACAGGCACUAAAAUUACCAUUCAUGGUAUGAAUUCUGGGGUUUACACAACUAAUUUUGAUGCAAUUCUGCUCAGUAAUAUAAUUUGUCAUUUUUAUUAGAAAUAUAAUUUCUUCAUGUGAUGUCAUGAAACUGUACAUACUACAGUGUGAAUUUUUUGUUUUGUUUUUUAAUCUUUUAGUGUUUACUUCCUGCAGUGAAUUUGAAUAAAUGAGAAAAAGAGAAAAAAAAUGCAUUGUCUCUGGUUUGAAAUAACUUAUGUUGUGGGUGUUCUCUGGUUUUUAGGUUUUCUCUAAGCAUAAAAUCUCUGAUCAUGAAAUAGCAGUGUCUUCAAGGAUGCUUUGCCCUUCUCAGGAAAAUGCAGGGGGAAAAAAAUGAAGGUGACUAGCAAGUUAGCGCAUGUGGAGAUGGGGCAAUUGAAGCAAAGCUCAAUAAGAUGAUCAGCCUAUAACCUGUCCUGCCUACCCUCGAUUCUGUUAUCCUGUACAGAACUAGAUAAAUGCUGUAGAAUUUUAAAGUGGGAGAGAGUUUGUACAGUUUUCAGAAUUAAAGUUGAUUUGAUACAUACUUGUUUUAAGAUGUUAUUAGAAGAUUUUUAUUUAAUUUUGAUGGGUGUUGAGUUCAUUUUAAAGAAAGGGGUCUUCAGUCAUUUUCCCACAAUCAGUGUGUGUUUGCACAUACAUAGGUGUGUAAACACAUAAUGAUACACAUAGAGUUUUGAGAAGGGCAAAUAUGCAUACAUAACAGAGAACCUUUUAUUUAGAAAAUGAAAAAAAAAACCUAUAUCUUUGCACUAAUGACCUGGGAGUUUU